CUUUCUUUUGCAAGCCUGGAGGUGAAGGAUAAGAACCCGCACGAUUACGCGUGGAACCAGGGAGGGGGCGCUCUGCUUCAGCUUGUUCUGAUUCAGGCUGUACUGGGCCAUGGACUUCAUCAACACAGCUUGACGUUUCGCCAGUUCCAAGAACUUUGCUCACAGAAACAGGCCCACCCAUCGCCUUAACACAAAGAAAGGACCCAGUGCAAGUUAGAGAGAGGUGGCUAGCCGGGAAGCGGACACCGUGAGACAGAUACGAACAAAGAAAGGAUUUGAAUUGAAAUGAUGGUGAAUGAAAUCCAAAUCGGAGAAGAACAUAGGGAUUAAACAAACAAAAAAAAACCCCGAGAGCUACGGACAAGCGAAAGGGGAGAGAAGAAACGAGAAAAAACGAAACCUGCCAAGAACAAAAAAAUAGAAUUCAGUUUUAAAACACAGGGAUUUAAAAAAAAAUACUUAUUGUACUAAUAAGUAUUAUUAAUAUAAUUAUUUCAAACAGUCAAUCAAAAGCUAAAGUGUUUGCUUUUUAAAUAUAUAUUUUUAUUAUUUGUGCCAAACUACACACACACACACAAAAAAGGUUUUCGGAGAGGGUAGUGAAAGAUGCUGGUAGAAAACAAAGGUAAAUGAAAUGAUAAUAGACUCUGGUGUGUAUCAAUAUGUUAGGGUUGGCCGUUGCUUCUUUCACAGCGCACGAAAAACCACUUUAAGGAGGCAGCACGGGUCUCCGAGUCAGGCUGAUUGAAUGACAAAGUACUGUAACUACUCUCACAGAGAAAGACAGUUUCCGAAUUAGCAUUAACCCUAUGAGUUCAACUGGAGCGACGUAGCUUUCACAGCGACCAGACAAAGGCAGCCAAAUAAAACAGACGAGACAACCAACACCACAAGACUGACGGGUCAAGACUGCUAGGAAAAAAGGAUUGAAACCGACGGAAAGGGGAGCGCAGCGAGUCUUGUAGUCAGAAAACAGUGCCUCGGCGUCGGGAGUGGAUGCAGGACCAUGCGGGAGACAGACAGCUCGCAAACAGUGCGAAGAUGAGCCUGUCCCCGGCUGGAGGAGGGUCUUCCCCAGGGAAAGUCAGGUGCUGUGGGGUGCCUGUCGAGGACUUUCAGGCCCUGGCCAUUAACUCCAUCUCUGCAGGCGACAUCCACAAGCACUACGAGCCUAUCCGCGAGCUGGGAAAGGGCACCUAUGGCAAGGUGGACCUGGUGGCACACCGCACUCAAGGUACGAAGCUGGCGCUGAAGUAUGUGAAUAAGAGCAAAACGAAGUUGAAGAGUUUCCUGCGGGAAUACAGCAUCACUAGCAGCCUGGGCGCGAGCCCCUUUAUCAUCAAGGUGCUGGACGUGCUCUUCGAGACCGAGGACUGCUACGUCUUUGGGCAGGAGUAUGCACCUGCUGGGGACCUCUUUGACAUCAUCCCACCACAGGUGGGGCUGCCAGAGGAGAUGGUCAAGCGCUGUAUGCAACAACUGGGCCUGGCUCUGGACUUCCUGCACUGCAAGAGCUUGGUGCACCGUGACGUCAAACCGGAGAAUGUGCUGCUGUUCGACCGCGAGUGCCGACGAGUCAAGCUGGCCGACUUCGGAAUGACCAGACGAGUGGGCUGCCGGGUGAAGCGCAUCAGCGGGACCAUCCCUUACACCGCACCUGAAGUGUGCCAAGCCAGCCGGACGGAGGGCUUUGUGGUGGAUUGCAGCCUAGACGUCUGGGCCUUUGGGGUGCUCAUCUUCUGCAUGCUGACUGGCAACUUCCCAUGGGAGGCGGCUCUGCCCUCCGACGCCUUUUACGAAGAGUUCUGCCGCUGGCAGAGGGGGUCCUGCCGGCCGGGCACCUUCCCCUCGCAGUGGCGUCGAUUCACGGAUGACGCCCUGCGCAUGUUCCAACGGCUCCUGGCAGUGGAGCUGGAGAAGCGGUGUGCCGUGAAAGACGUCUUCUUCUUCAUCAAGUAUGAGCUGAUGUGUGAGCUCCGGCGCAGGCCCUCCUGCCGGGGGAGAAAAGCUGAGCGGGGGAGCAACAGCCACUCCAGAACCGGGCACAGACACACCGAAGCCUCUGGCAGCGGUCACUCCUCCUCCUCAUCCUCCUCCUCCGCCUGCCUCCACCCGACACCCCUCAAACGAAGUGGGGUUCACUCCGACGGACACUCCUCCAGACUGGGUUCUGAGCCUGGCCUGCCUGCCCCUUCUGGUCGGCAGGAAAAGGGAAAAGGGCAGCUGGUGAUGGCCACUGCUAUUGAAAUCUGUGUCUGACCCCAAGGCUAGGGUCUGUCUCUGUGUGUGUGUGUGUGUGUGUGUGUGUGUGUGUAUAUGUGUGCUGAGCAAGAGGCGAACUGUAAAUAGGAAAUAAGAGCACCAUCUUCAGGGACGGUUACAGGGUAUUGUGGUGUUGGCAUUUAGGACAGUUGGAUGACAUUCUAAGAAUAUCUACAUAAAUCCAAUGGUACCUAUUUCAAAUUCUCGGAUUAUAAACCAUUGCCCUGCUUCUUACCGGAUUUUUCAAAAAUAGACUUCAGGGUAUUGACGCUUAGGUAUUUGUUACAUAAAGCUGUUUUUGGACUAAUAUGGACCAUUGCCAGAGUCAUUCCACAGCAAAAUGGACUUGAUAUCUCUCUCGAUGACAGCACAUUUCUGUUGCUGUGCUCAGCCUGAAUAAAGGUCUUGUAUUCAAGAUUUACUGAUUCUCUCACACUCUCUGUGACAUGAAUACUGUGGAAUGCCUGUUAUUGAAGACAACACAGCACCAAGAAUAUACUUUUUAUAAUGUACACUGAGUAGUUCUGGGUGUUUACUCUUUCCUUUCAGUGCUUUGUUGCCCGUGGUUUUUCUGUUCUUCUGUGUUGAGCUCAGUAGCUGUUCCACUGGCACAAAGAGUGGUGCCACUCUGACUUCCUUGGUUCCUGUUCCCUUGGAAACCAAGGGACGGAGGAGACUGAAUAAAUAACUAAAGGGGACAAUAUGGGUUACUGUGCUAGCCUUUCACUUGGCUUGGGAUCUGUUUUAGUUUUUUUGGUGCUUUAGUGAGCAGUAGUCAACACGGCAAAACCAGUACACAAUUUGGCACAGUUAGCUCCUGCUACCUAGCCCACAAAUAUACUGGUCCCUCCCAUGUGAAGUAACAGCUUUGCUACUGCUUGUGUUGUCCUCUUGGAACUAUUAAGUACUAAAAAAGUUUUUAGUUUCCACUGCCAAUGUAGCAUUUUUCAUGAGCACAAAAACAAAAUCCCUACAAAAAACAAAUGAAAUCUGAGAACAAGUACAGCUUCACCGGGCUUCGGUUUAAACCAACGUCAACCUGGCUAGUUAAGUGUCCUGAAGUCUUGAAUUUCUCAACUACAUCAGCCGCUCUUAUUUCAUAUUUAUUAAAAAAAAAAAAAAAAAAAACUUAAUGCUUACAAACUGCUUAGCUUAUUUUCAAGAGUGACAGAAGAUCCAGAGACAUCAAACCAUCCACUGACCAAGGCGCUCUGAGCUGCGCUCUGUCUGUAGAGGAUGACGAGGUGUAGAGUUUGUGUGGUCACACAGCUCUCCUGGGGUGCUGGGGCCUACUGCACUGAAGAACCCUCUCAAGCAGACUGACUUCAGGGUGAUUCCCUGUCCCUGUUUAUCUAUGGAAAGAACUGUUAGCAGCUGGUUAUGUAAAGACUUAAUUCUGUUGACCAAGAAGAAAUGGCAAUAAAAAUAAAGAAGCAGUAGACAAUACUUGUAAAACUGUUGUCGACAUCCUCGCUGCACAUCCUUGCUGUUCAUUCAAAAACCUCCCAGUUCAUAGUGUCUAGGUAGCACAGACAGCAGGCUAAGUCACUAGCCUUUUUCACCUGGGUUUUAAUUCAGGUGCUGAGGCUCAAGUGGAUUGAGUUGGUGGUCUUCAUCUCUAGUCUGCCUCACAAAACCACCACAGAAUUUGGGAUAAUUCAGAACAAUAUUUCAUAUUCUGUUAUCAGAUAUUACACAGUCAAGCAUGAGAGGUGCAUAUUUGUGUAUAUUCGAGUCCCAUAUUCAAGUCUCACCCAUGUCGGUUUGAAUGGACUGAGCUAACGUUAUGCAAACCUCUUUGUUACGUUUAUCAAACUAGAGUAGUAAAUCUUUAAAUUGGGUCCCUGACCUGGGGGAUUCAGCUUAUAGUAAAACAUUCUUGAAAUGAGAGCUACCAUAUAUUUUUCUGUCUGAAGAGAAUUCGAAGGAGCAGCAACGCCAUGCACCUCUUUGUGUGUGGAUAAGCGUUGCAGGCAGAACUCAGUGACUGUGUGAAGUGACCUUAGAAUCUCUCCACUUGGGGGGGGGGGGGGGAGAAUCUCACACCAAUUCAACUUCCAAAAGAAAAAAAAAAAAAAAAAAAAAAAUACUGCAGGGAUGUAUAAUCUGUAUAAUCUUUUAAUUAGUAUAGAGUGGUUAUUAAGUCUGUAGAGCAAUGUAACAAGUGGAGGCACCAAAUCAUGGACAACAAGACUAGCACUACCACCAUGAGCCUAAAAUGGUCACCAUUGGCAGCAAGCGCUUGCAUCUUUGAUGGAGAAUGAAGGAAUGCCAAUUUCCACACUUCUUGAUGGAUGAUAUCCUUCAUUUCGGUUGCAAAUAUAUAUCUUUUUCAAAGCAGAAGUCCAAGCAGACUUUAUAAGGUACUUUUUGUGACCAAUUGUACUGUAGUAUGCAAACAAAAUAGCAAAAGUUCAUGGAAGGAGGGAGGAGGGAGUGAUGCUGCAGAGCAAGUCAGACCUCUUUUCAGACCUGAACUGAAGGUGUGCAAAGUGUUUAGGGGGUUAGGCUAUUUUAAGUUUUUGUGUUCUGUAGAAGAAAUGGGUAGCAGGGUUUGUUGUUAGAAAAUGCACUGUCUGUAGCAAAUUUAUAAUAAAAAUAUACAAAAUACAUUUAAAAAGCCAACUGAAAGACACUAGGUUCUUUAGAAUAGGUCUAUAGCUGCCCUGUGGGCCAGGAACAGGUGGACAGCUGUUUUAAGUAGAACAGGGUGGCCCUCUGUUUGGCAGGGAAGAAGUUAAUGUUGCAAUACAGAAUAUCAUGUAAACCUGUUGAAUUGAUUCUUCUCUAAUGGAUUCAGUGCAAAAAUAUAGUGCUUGCACUAUUGUCAUAGUCUAGGGUGGAAUUCAAUCCAACUUUCCAGAGACACAAAAUAUGUGUUUUUGACACUUGCUAAUACAUUGAUGUGUUUGUAGAGUGUCUGGCAGCUGGUCACAAUAACGCCAUAAAAAGGGAAAUAAUGGGUCAGAAAGUGACACUGUAUUUAAUGAUUGAAUCUAAGUUGUCAGCCAUUCACAGCAGAGGUUACGUAUUAAAAUAUUCAAUCACCAAGUUAUACAUUUUGUGCCAUCAGCUAUCUAGUUAAUUUAUGCUAUAUAUCUGUGGAUUCAUUCUAUGUAUUUAAUGAUACAUUCUCAUGACUGUACAUUAAUUCAAUAGAACACUGUGUAUCAAGCCUAAGCAUAUGUUAAAUAUUUUAAGACUGUACAUACUAUUCUGUACACUGCAUUCCAUUGCUGAACAGUACUGUGUAGUAAUCAUUAACAGUACUGUAUAUUUAUGCUAUACAUUUAUUCUAGAUAUUCAACCUUUAUUGUCAAGCUUCUUAGGACAGACUAUACACUGAUGCACUGUAACAGAUAUUUGAAUGCAUACACUCCCUUAUAAAAGUUUUCCACAGUAACAACACAGCAAAGUUUAAUAAAGCCUAGUAAAAGCAUGGUAAAGCAUAGGUUAGCAUUGUAAAGUCCAGAGAGGUAUAGUAAAGUAUAUUAUUAUGAUAAAUGCAUAGUAUAACCAUGGGAAAAGCGGGAAAACUGUAAAAUUACCGUGCACAUUUACCAUGGUAAACUGUUAGGGCUGUGCACUUUAUUGGUGUCUGUCUCAUGCCAUUCAGACAUGUGUGACUGAUGAUUGAGGGAGUGGUGUACUUUAAAUAUACUGCAGACCAUUGUACUGUACAUCUAUUCAGGUUACCACGUUGUAUAUACAUGCCACAUACCUGGUCUGCUUUUGGGGUCUUUUUUUUUGUUUCGGGUAAAAAAAAAAAAGCUGGUUAAAAGAAGACCGUUAUUUUGUCCUGCUGCUUAAAGGACAUUCUGCUUGAUAGUAUGCCCUUCAGAGAAAAUAACCAUGUGGUGCUCAUCUCCAGCUCUUCUCUGUCACAUUGUAUCUGAUACCUGGCUGGGCAGUCUGACUUUAAUGUUGGUUCACUGGGAAUAGCAGCAUGAGAUUUAAAGAUCUCGCUGGCUCGUAAGAACAGGGGGGGGAAAUAACUUUGUCAAGAUCACAAGAUAAAUGAUCUCAGGACCUCGACAAUGAGCCCCCAUAUCUAACAGACACUUACACACAAAAAAUCAUCUUCAUAUAAAACACUGUAGACAAGCAACAACUGAUUAUUUUCCUUGCUUUAUCCCAGCCUAUUCAGACUAUCCCCUGUCCACCUGUACCCCCCAGGCUUUAGGAAUACUAUUGCUGCCUUAGUUUGUUAAUGUUUCUCAUAGUGCAAUAAUGUAGAGAUUUUAAAUAUGUUACAUUGUUAUACUGUUUACCUCAGUUAUGUCCUGAUGUAUAAAUUCACAAUUAGUUUUCCACCUGUGUAUGUGUGUGUGUGUGUAUAAUACACACACACACACACAUAAAACUGUUAUACAGGGCUUCGUUUUGUUCCAGAUGUUGUGUAUGUUGUCCAAUGUUUUCUUUUAUUUGUUAAAGGUGUAAUAUUUCCUUAGAUAAGAAUUAAAAUUAUAAUAUUUA